UUCACAACUCACAUCUUCUCAUCUUCCUCGUUUUAUCCAAAUCCUCUCUCAGAUUUCAUCAAAUCAUUUCUUGCUUCCGAUCUGAAAUUGCGGCGGAGAAAGAAAAAGAAAAAAAAAAAUGACUGAAUUCUAUGUUUCUCUAUUCAUCUCAAACGUCACUUCUCACUUAUCUCCGACAUUUGAUAACAUCCCGUCGAAGAAAAUCGUACCGACACCGAUUGAGAAAGAUGUCUCUUUAGUCUCUCGCACCGGACGAGAUCUGCAACGUUACAACACCGCAGGGUAUCGUCAAGUCGUUGGAUGUGUACCAUAUAGAUACAAGAAACAUGGUGGAGGAGAAAUUGAAGUGCUUUUGAUAAGUGCACAGAAGAAAGGGAAAGGAAUGUUAUUACCAAAAGGAGGUUGGGAGAUUGAUGAAUCAAUAGAAGAAGCUGCUUUAAGAGAGACAAUUGAAGAAGCUGGUGUUACGGGUCAGCUUGAAGAAUCACUUGGGAAAUGGCAAUACAAAAGCAAAAGACAUAGUAUGAUUCAUGAUGGUUACAUGUUUCCUUUGCUUGUUAGUCAACAGUUUGAGCGAUGGCCUGAAGCUGACAUUAGACAACGUAAAUGGGUUUCUUUGUCUGAAGCGAUUGAGUUGUGUCAGAAUUCUUGGAUGAGAGAAGCUUUGGAAGCUUUUAUUAACCGGAAAUGUCAGACCAACUAAGGAGGAUAAUGUGGAAUCACUGGGAAGAAACAGAGGUUAAGUUUAGUCUUGUGAUUUGAUUCAUUCAUUUGUUAAUGAUAUUAGUUAGACUAAUUUAAAAGCACUGAUUGUUCUGAAUGUUUGUCUUCACGACAUGUAAUGUGUACAUAUAUAAAAUGGAUCAAUCUUCUAGAUGUUAAAUCAACUGGUGUGAUUUCU